GGCGGAUCUCUGCAUGGAAAAAAUCAUUCGGUGACGGCGUUGAGCCAACCCCAGCAUUUUAACCCUCCUCAGGGAGGGUCCAUGCAGAAACAAAAUUUCGGAGGUCCAGAACCGGUGGCUAUAAAACAACAAGUUCCUAAUGCAAAUGAGUCGAACAGUGUCACGGCGGGUCAGCCUAAACCAAGGGUCAGGGCUCGGAGAGGUCAAGCCACCGACCCCCAUAGCAUCGCCGAAAGAUUGCGCAGAGAGAGAAUUGUAGAACGAAUGAGAGCGCUCAAAGAACUCGUUCCCAUUGCAAACAAGAUAAGGCUUCAAUGCUAGAUGAGAUCAUCGGCUAUGUCAAAUUCCUACAGCUCCAAGUUAAGGCAAGCUUUAAUUUGUUACCCGAUAUCUGGUGCUGUCUGUUUGGUCUAUUAUCUAACUUCUACUGCUACUUUUUGGGUUUCUCUUGAGCUAUCUAGCUCGAUACUUGUUCUUGAUUUUGAUAUUGAUGUCUCCUUCCUACCAACAAUCGAAUUCAACACCACCAUUUUCCUCCUUCUGUAAAGUUGAAGUCUUUGUUUUCUAUCUGUCGAGUCUCUUCUCUCUCUAGAAUCAGGUAUGGAAUAUGGUAAUGGGAUUUGGGUAUGAAAAACAACCCAGUUUGGAAUUGACGCAAAAGGGUGACUUUGGCGAGACUUGUUAGCCUCUUUUCCUUAGUGCAUAGUCCCUAAAAAACCC